AUGCUUAGGAGUCUGCUGUUUAACGUUGGUAGCGUAUACCGCACCAGACCCGUAACAAGACGUCCGAUUUUGUCCUCAACAAGGCUUUUCAGUGCACAGAGUACGCGAUUUUUCCAUUACACUCCCAGAAGACUGAACUCUAACGAGCCGAACAAAGAUGACAAAGACAAGGACAAAAAAGAUGACAAGCAAAAGAGAAACCCAGAAGAUUUCAAAACGCUAGGAGAGUACUUCAAAUCUAAGGAGUUUGCAAAGACAGUAUACUUGACAGUUGGACUGACGUUCAUUUUUCACAUUUUGACAACUCCCACCACCGACACCACCGAGGACAACGUGCUAACGUUCCAGGAGUUCAAGACAAAGUACCUUGAAAAAGGCCUAGUAAAGAAGGUUUACGUAGUCAACAAGUACCUGGUAGAGGCCGAGUUGGUUCCUCAGGCGGUGAAUGGGCUUGGAAGCGGAAAUGGUUUCUUCUCGCUCCCCAAUACAUCUCCAGUAGUGGCGUUUACCAUUGGUUCCGUGGACCUUUUCGAAGAGCAAAUGGACGAAGUCCAAGACAAGCUAAAAAUACCACCAGAGGAGCGGAUCCCCAUAACAUAUGUCGAAAAGGCCUCCCUUUUACAAUACCUAUUUCCAUUUUUGCCCACGAUUAUACUAUUGGGUGGGCUUUACUUCAUUACACGUCGCGCAUCAGGAGCGGCAGGUGGCGGAGCUGGCCCCAUGGGAGGCAUGUUUGGAGUGGGUAAAUCCCGUGCCAAGCUGUUUAACAAGGAAACGGAUAUCAAAGUGAAAUUCAAGGACGUUGCCGGUUGUGAUGAAGCAAAAUCAGAGAUUAUGGAAUUUGUGCAUUUUUUACAAAAUCCAGAAAAAUACAGAGCGCUUGGUGCUAAAAUACCACGAGGUGCUAUUCUGUCCGGACCCCCGGGUACUGGUAAGACUUUGCUCGCCAAAGCUACUGCAGGAGAAGCUGGUGUACCAUUUUUGUCUGUGUCAGGUUCAGAGUUUGUUGAGAUGUUCGUUGGUGUAGGUGCCUCUCGUGUUCGUGAUCUUUUCGAUACUGCAAGGAAGAUGGCACCCUCUAUUAUUUUUGUGGAUGAAAUAGACGCUAUCGGAAAGGAAAGAGGAAAAGGAGGUGCUUUAGGUGGAGCCAAUGACGAAAGAGAAGCGACUCUCAACCAACUUCUAGUUGAAAUGGAUGGUUUCAGUACAACAGAUCAGGUUGUGGUACUCGCAGGCACAAACAGACCGGACGUACUAGAUCCAGCUUUGAUGAGACCUGGCAGAUUUGAUCGGCAUAUUCAGAUUGAUGCCCCCGAUGUCGAGGGCAGAAAGGCAAUUUACCAAGUCCAUUUAAAGAAAUUGAAUCUUGACCCUGAGUAUUCCACUAACGAACACAAGGAAUUACUUGCAGGCAAAUUAGCUGCCUUGACUCCAGGUUUUGCUGGUGCAGACAUUGCAAAUGCAUGUAACGAGGCUGCUCUGAUUGCUGCGAGACAUAAAGAUGCUUUUGUGGAAUUAAGACACUUUGAGCAGGCCAUUGAGAGAGUCAUCGCUGGUUUAGAGAAGAAGUCUCGUGUUUUGUCCAAGGAGGAGAAGAAAACAGUCGCGUACCAUGAGGCGGGUCAUGCCGUAUGUGGCUGGUUUCUACAAUUUGCCGAUCCGCUACUUAAGGUCAGCAUUAUUCCUAGGGGUCAAGGUGCAUUGGGUUAUGCACAAUAUUUGCCUCCAGAUCAAUACUUGAUUAGUGAGGAACAAUUCCAACAUAGAAUGAUUAUGGCACUUGGUGGUCGUGUAUCAGAAGAACUUCAUUUUCCUUACGUCACAAGUGGAGCACAUGAUGAUUUCAAGAAGGUAACUAACAUGGCUCAAGCAAUGGUAACAAGACUGGGCAUGUCACGCAAAAUAGGUUAUGUUGCAUAUGAUCAAGAUGAUCGUGGAUUUCAGGUGACCAAACCUUUCAGUGACCGUACGUCGAGAACAAUCGAUUUGGAGGUGAAACGCAUCGUAGAUGAUGCCCACUCUAAGUGUAAGAAUCUACUAACUGAAAAGCUGGAUAUGGUGGAUAAAGUAGCACAGGAAUUGUUGCGCAAAGAGGCCAUCACAAGGGAGGACAUGAUUAGACUGCUUGGACCAAGACCUUUCCCAGAAAGAAAUGAAGCAUUCGAAAAGUAUCUUGAUCCUAAGAAAGACGAUGGUACAGUAGCAAGUACUUAA